CGCAACUAUUGGCAUUGGCAUUGCUGCUCUCUGCUGUGAGGCUGAAACCAGUUUCAAAUUCAAACAUCGGUGUGGAUAGUUCAUCAUCUUGGUUGAUGGCAACAAAUCGUUAUGAGAUCGAAGGCGAUGAUUCGGGGACGAACAGUAAAACAGGGUCGGAAACCGAAGACGAGGGUUCCCGAAAAAUGUCAUCCUUAAAACGUGGAAGAGAGAAAGACGAGGAGAAAUGCAGCAGUCCAAACUCAAAGGAAGAAUCAAAGAAAUCAAAGAAGAUGGGUUUUCAUUGGAGUUGGAGCGAUGAAUGUGUAAUCUUGAAGAACUUUUAUGAAUUUGCAGGUAAAAACGGGAGUUACUCCAAGGAUUUUUACCAUUUUGUGAAGAACAAGUUGAGUGUGGAUGUCUCUAAUUCUCAACUCUCAGAUAAAGUGUAUCGGUUGAGGAAGAGAUUCUUGAAAGAUGAAUGCAAGGGAAAAAUAAGGAUGAAAUUUUCAAAGGGCAACCAGCUGGAGAAGUUGUACGAGAUGUCAAACAACAUUUGGGGUUCCAAUUCCAAUACCCAAAAUACCCAAAGUGGAGGGAAUCAGUGGAAGGCUGAAGCAGUGAAUCGGUUGUGUGAAGAAAUGUUUGAACGCGUUAUAGAGAAUGUGAAGGUGGACAUCAGUUGCAUACCACCUAACGUUUUGRAAGACAUCAGGAAAGAUUGGGAGCAAAUGAAGAUGGCACAAGAUGAAUAUGAAUUGAAGAAUGCCAACUUACUCCUUCAAAUCUCCCACAUAAGAUGCACUCAAAACAACAUGUAAUAUAAUCAUCAACAUUUCAGAAAAGAAAAAAAAAUAAAAUUACUUUUUAGUUAUGAUGAAGUUGUAUUGAGUUCUGUACUUCCAUUUUGGUUAAUGAAAUUGU